AUGGAGGUCUCCCCCAAUGUUUUGACUUACAAAGGUAACUUCACAGAGCCUUCCACGGAGUACUUGCACUUGACAAAUUCGUCGUCUCAGCCCUUGGCUUUCAAGGUGAAGACCACGGCUCCCAAGUUGUACUGUGUCAGACCUAACGCCAGCAUCAUUGGCCCCAACGAAUCUAUCAAAAUCUCCCUCAUCUUGCAAGGCUUCACUCAGCCAUUGCCUAAAGACUACAAAUGUAAGGACAAGUUCUUGAUUGUGUCUUUGCCUUGCCCUGACUUGGCCGACCCAGCCAAGGUCAGCGAGCAGUGGAGCGCCUUGGAGAGCAAGUACGCGGACCAGUUGCUACAAAAGAAAUUGAGGGUCAACUUCGUCAUUGACGACGACGAGACCAACGAAUCACAAGCCAACGAGACCACUUUCGCCAACGCCACCUCUUCGGCUGGUUUCGGUGGCGCCGGCGCGGCUGCUGCCUCUGGCUUCUCCCUGAAUGCCAACGACACCGCCAAUAGAACUAUCGACGGCAACGGUGCAGCUGCUGCUGACACCACCAAGGAGGCUUUCCCAUCUGUUGGUGGCGGUGCUGCUGCUGCCGACGAUGCACAGCAGAAGGAGUUGGAGGCCUCAAACCAGAAGAUUAACAACUUGUCCGACAAGUUGGACUCCAACGAAAAGUCUGCCGCUGGAACUGGCACUCUGACUGGCACUGCUACUGAGGACACUGUCAGCGGUGUUUCUCUUCCAUUUGCUGCUGUCUUGGUUCUUAUCGCUGUGUUAUUGGGCUGGUACAUCUUAUAA